AUGGCGACGUACAUCGAGUACAACGCGCCGUCGGUUAACUGGGACCUGGGCGCCGUGUCCGCGUCCUGCGCGGCCUUGGACGAGGACAAGCCGCUGGAGUGGCGGUCGCUGUACUGGUGGACGGCGUUCUGCUGGCCGACGGGGCCUCGCGGUGACGACGCGUGUGGGCAGUGCGUGCAGGUGACGAACUCGGUCACGGGCGCGUCGGCGACGGUGAGGAUCGUGGACGACUGCGGCGGAAUCAACGGCGGCGAGGCGCUUGGGAUGGACACACCGGUGUUCCACCAGAUCGACACCGACGGCCGCGGCAUGGCCGACGGGCAGCUUGAGGUGAACUACCAGUUCGUGAACUGCGCAGUGGUCUAA